CAAGACCUAAAGAUGAGUGAUCGUACUCGAGCCACCAGGGUGAGACAGCAUGCCCACUGUGAUUCCUGCUACAGUCGGCGCUGCAGGGCUCGGGUGGAGGUCUCUGUUUGCUGCGCUGUCAUGCCCUGCCGCCUGCUCUGUGGAGCUGUCUUCCACCUGUGCAAAGAGGAGGACCACCUGCUGCUCUGCCCCAACGUGAGGGUGCCCUGCCUCAACGCUGGGUUCGGCUGCCCGCUCCACAUGCCUCGCUCCUCACAGGCAGCUCACCUCCAGGUGUGUCCUGCCAGCCUGGUGUGUUGCUCCAUGGAGUGGAUCCGGUGGCCGAUUGACGAAACAAACCCUCACAGCGAAAUAGCCCUGCAGGAGAACGUGCUGAAGGAAAGUGAAGGGCAGGAGCAGCCUCUAGACCUCGCCAUGGCCCUGGUGGAUCAGACAGACCUUUAUGAACGCCUGGAAAUGAAUCCUAUCUAUCCAGAGUUGAUGGAGGCAGAAGAGAAGGAGAAGAAAGAAGAGGCUGCAAUAGGAGGGUUUGUUAACGGUGACACAGACACAGCUACUAAUGAAGUUUCUGCAGAAAGCAACUCGUGUGGGAGUAAUGUUGUUGAACAGAACGGAUUAGGGCAAAUCUCAGGCCCCUUCAAAGGGACAUACAACCUGUGUGACAUGAUGUUCAGCAUGGAGAGAGGCGGCUGUGCUGCUGCUCAGGCAAACCAAGACAAUCCCAAACAAAACCCAAACCCCGAAGAGAAGGACACAGAGAAAAAGGAAGCAGCUGCAGACACAGGUAAAACAGGUCACGCCCCGUGGCAGGAGGGGGUGAUGGAGCGUCUGGGGAACGAGCUCACCCCGCAGGAGUUCAACAUGUACAUGGUGCAUCAUGGCAGCAUGCUGCUUGCCUUCGGGAAAAUCAAGGCCUGCACACCAAGGGAGGACGAUUUUGUCUACGGCAGCCUGGAGCCAAUUCCAGUCCAGACCCUGUACUCCUUCAAGAUCCCCGACAGCUAUCACUACGGUGAGCGGAGGGUUCAUUACUAUGACUCGACUCGACCUCCGAGCGAGCCCCGCAGUGUGGACACAUCGGACCUCAAGGUCGAUGAAGAGGACUGGUUCAGUGAUGAAGCUCCAGCCACCCUGCUGGGCUACGCUGAGAUAGAGGUCAGGGGUCACAAGAUCAGUGAGUCCAAUGCCGCCGAUGGGCUUUAUGUGGAUGUAGGAACGCAGACGCACUCGUUCCGCAAGGCUCCGUUUAAAGCGAAGACGACCCUGGCGGAGGCGAUGGUGGACCGGCCGCUGAAGCUCCUUCUCCAGCUGCAGUCAGAGAGAGUGAGCGGCAGGAACACCAGAGCCGGCUGUGCCUUCACCUUUCUCUGCGGUCACACCUUCCACCGCAGAGAGUUCGCCACACAUUACAGGAACGUCCACAGUGACAUCCAGACGAGUCUGAGUGGAUGGUUCGAGCAGAGAUGCCCCCUAUCAUACCUGGGAUGCACCUUCAGCCAGAAGAGGUUUCAGCCCUCCACACAUAAAGCCACCGUCUCCUACAAUCAGCAUCUCAGGAUUUUCAACUUGCGUCCGACACUCGCAGCCUCAGAAGGUGACACCUCCCAGUCGUCCAGGAGCUCAGAGGACCCCUCCACCACUCAGAGGAAGAGAGGAGGUCGGAAAGGGGGAGACGGGGAAGACUCUCUGAGCAUACUGCCCUUUGAGGUGCUUUGCCACAUGGCCAGUUUCCUGGACAGUCUGUCUCUGUCCCAGCUGGCUCUGGUGUCCCAGCUGAUGAGGCAGGUGAGCUCCUCUCUGCUGCAGGAGAGAGGCAUGGUCACCCUCCGCUGGGAGAAGAAGACAUACUCACAUGGAGGAGCCAAGUGGAGGGCCAAACCUGUAUGGGAGUUCAGUCACUUGUUCUCCUCAGUGGAAUCAUGGCAUAUGGCAGAUGUCCCUCCAAUAUCUGCACACCUCAAAGUCUGCCCUUACUAUAAGACCUCUCUGAGCAUUGAGCCUGUCCCCCUGCCCAGCAUCAGUGACAAACAGGAGUGCAAGAAGGAGAGGCUUAGCCUUGUCAACCAAUUCACAGGAAGCAAUUGGCAACACUGAAAAUAAUGCUUUUAGUUCUACCUGCUGUCAGAAUGUAUUUGGGUUUUAUUGUCACUGAUGGCCGAUUACUCUGCACAACUAAAGGGACGAUGUCCAUAAUAUCAUAAAUAAUCAUGUUCAAGCGCUUUGAGCACCAGGAAAAGCGCUAUAUAAAUAAUAUGUAUUAUUAUUAUUAUUAUUAUUAUUUAGCAAACAGAGCCAAUAAAUUCAACCUGAACUUGUGCAGUUGUUCUUGUAUUGUAAGCAUCACUCCGCCCAGAGAUUGUUCAACAAGAAUGAUAUAAAUAUCACCUUUGCCCUACAGGAAUAUGUGAAUAUGUAUAUGUAUACAUUCAACAACCAUAA